AUGAACCGAGCGCCUCUUUAUCAAAAUGCGUCUCCUACAGCUCAGAUGCACCCAUGCACACAUUCUCAAAGUAAUCUUUCUUCCUCGGUAGAUAUUAAAUCAUCAGACUUGGAAACGCUAGGCGGGGAUGAGCUUCUUGAGCAUUAUCAAACGGUCUUGAAAGAAUUAGCACGUCAGGCUGUUGAACAGCAAGAAGAAAUACAGCAUCUAAAAAGUGAGCUUACUAAAAACACCAACUCAACCUCACCACAGGAGCAACCUGUGGCUUUUGAACCUGAAACAGUCCGUGAGCGUGACGCUUGGUUUGAGGUGGUUGAUAAAAUGGUGCGGGAGGCCGCGGAGCACUACCUCAAGGAAAUGGACAAACGUUUGUCGUCGAGCAUGGCGCACCGGGUGCGGCGGGUAACUCAAACGCACGUCCGUCGCUCCAUCCGCAAUGCGGUUGAGGAUGAAUUGGCUUACCGUCUUCGUCAUUCUCACAAAGAGCGCAAAAGUAUCGCUAAAGAACAAGAAGUCGACCAUGAUGGACACCAUGAAAUGAAUCAUUCGGGUCGAUCUCGUGAUUCAGUCUCCUCCCAGCGUAUGUGCACAGAAUCGAAUACAGCAAAGUCGCUCAAAAAGGACCACGAGGUGGUCUUCGUUUCCGGAAACGGGUCCACUUCUCGCCCCACGAUGAAUGAGGACGAAACCUGUGAACAACACCCGCGGAGCCGAAGUAAAAAUGAAUAUUCACAACUAACCUCAGAUUUGCACGAUGUAUCCGCCUCCACCCUCCGGCCCAUUUCAGAUGUGUUGAGCAAUGCAAACGCAAAGAAGACAUGGGGUGGGGGUAGCGCCACAGAGGGUAUCUUGACUCCUGAAGUAUCCUCCAUUUCAAGCCUAAACAACGCGCAAACAUGGGAAGAACCCAAUCGUUGUCGCUCUUCUCUUGAGGGAAAGCAUUUUCUCUCCAGCGAAUCCUUGGAUCCGACUUCACGAAAGCUAAGAUACGACACGCCAAGCAAUAAAAAACAUCCUCCUAUCGCCAAUUGCGAGGAUGACCUGAGUUUGUGCAAUGAAAAAAAAUCUACUCCUCCUUUUCAUAUCAACAAGGACUCCCAGACCAUGGAUACCAAAAUUAUUUAUCAACCUCGAAGAUGUCAUCUUGCGGAUAAUUCACAAGCCAAAGAACACUCUGAACUGGAAGUCAUUUAUGAUGAUCCAAUGGAUUACUUGCUACACAUCUUUUCCUCACAUAAAUUUAGAGGCAAGGAAAAAUCGCGGUUAUCACCCUCCGGUGGCCUUCACCGAUCUGUGGCGAAUCCCGCUACCAAUACUCUACGAUCCGAUACAACUGAACGAUUGAAAUCUAAUCGGGUGCCAAAAAGAAGCUUCAGUGAAGGCAAAACGAACGGUUUGUCAUCAUUUUCUUCACCAGCGUACUGUUCGAAUAAUCUGAACAACUCGACCUUGAUGUCAUCUUUUCUGAGUGCGGUAACAUUUGAAACAAAUGAAAUAGAAUUCAAUGUAAAUGGAAGCUCUCAGCUCAAAAAGGAUGAAAUGUGUGAAACAUUCUUGUUGAGUGAUCCCAUCAAUAUCAGGGUGUAA